AUGAAGGCUUUUGCGACGCUGUUUGCCGCGUGCACAGCCGCACUUUCGUAUGGCGCUGCCUCUGUCAAGGCGCAGGCAACGUACGGAACUGCGGACUGUCUGAUGGAGAACUGCAGCCCCAUCCAGAGCGGUUACCUGGAUGGCUACAACUUCGACCCUGCCAUUGUUGGUGGAGCAUCCUGGGGUACACUGUGGACUGCUAAUCCGGGAGCGGGAAACAGAGAGCUGUUCCUUGCACAACCUCUGACAUACACACCGCCCGGUGGCUCUCAGUCGCUCAUUGUCAUGUCGGAACAGAACCACGUCUACGUUCUCGACGCGGCCACUGGUGCUACCCGUGCCUCCACCGUGCUUGGCGCGCCCUUCACUGCCAGCGACGCCCAGUGCAACGACGUGUAUCCGAGCAUCGGUAUCACCGGUACUCCCGUUCUGGACCCCUCGUCCAACACGGUCUACUUCUUCAGCAAGAGUUACGCCGACAUGUCCGGAGCAACCCAGGGUACCAAUAACGGCCGCUACCGCUUCUACGGCCUCGACGCUGUCACCUUGCAGCCAAAAUUUGCUCCGGUCGACAUCCAGGGUAUCAACCCCUCCAACCGUCCUUCUCAGUUCUUCGAAGGUGGUAAGCAGCUACAGCGUACCGGCCUACUGCUUGCCAACGGCGUCAUCUACGCCGGCUUCGGCGGACACUGUGACAACUUCAACUACACUGGCUGGAUCGUUGGCAUGGAUGCCAAGACGGGCGCGCCGGUCACUUCAUGGACGUCAGAAGCCGGAUCGUUCGGCCAGACCGGUUCAGGCAUCUGGAUGGCGGGUGGCGGCCUUUCCUGGGAUGGUACCAACAUGUGGGUCUCGACAGGCAACGGCGCUGUGGGAGCUGAGGAACUCGGAAGCUCGCCGCGCUUGGGCCGUUAUCCACCAGGUGCGAUCCCCAUGUCCGUGAUCAAGCUCGCCGUGGACCCCAACACUCGUGCGCUGAGCGCAGUCGACUUUUUCACGCCAUCCGACUACAAAGCCUUGGACGCAGCCGAUCAAGACUUUGGCUCUAGCGGUGUGGCCAUUCUACCGACGGGAUUCAGUGCCGGCAGCACACAUCGACUGGCAAUUGCUGGCGGCAAGAAUGCAAAGGCGUACGUGCUGAAUGCAGAUCAGCUCGGUGGCUACAAGACUGGGUCAGGAGGCGGUGACGGCAACUUGCAGACCAUCCCUCUGGCCGGUCCGUCAUUCAGUACGGCGGGAGCAUACCCACUCGAGGGAGGCUACGUCUACAUCUCGGCCACCAACACGCCUACGAUUGCGCUUAAAUUUGGCGUAGACUCGAACGGCAACCCGUCCUUUUCGCAGGCAGGCCAGACGGUCAGUUCUGCCUCGUCGACCACCGUCCGAGGCACUGGUCACACCACCACCACCUCGAACGGCGGCCAACCAGGAAGUGGACUGGUAUGGAUCACCGACGCUUCCAACGGCAACCUUCGUGUGUUCCCUGCCAUUCCUCCCAGCAACGGCAGCAUGACACCUAUCUUUGUCGGAAACAACGCUGAUGGAACCAAGUUCCAGCGUGCCGUGCCAGGAAACGGCCGAAUGUUUAUUGUGGGCCAAGCUGGCUCGGUGACCGCCUUUGGCUCGCCCGUCAAUCUUCCACUCAACUGCACCGCCUCAUUGCCCUUUGGCGACGUGAUCUUGGGCCAAAAAGUUUCGCUUACAGCAACGUGCAAACCGCUCAUCUCCUUCACGCUCUCCAACAUGACGCUGGGAGAUGCUACCUUUGCAGUCACCGGUUUCCCUGCCAGUGGAACAGCUUACACCGCCAACAGUGCGCCAUUCUCGUUCAAUGUGACCUGGUCGCCUACCAAGGUCGGAUCGGUAUCUCGAACCCUCAACGUCAACACCGUCAACUCCGCAGCAGGAUAUGUGACAGCAGUGCCUAUCGUUCUACGUGGAAACGGUGUUUCUGCUGCUGCCACUUUUAGCUUGACGCCCAACAAUGUUGCGUUCGGCGGUGUUGUGCCCGGCGCAGCAGAUUCGGUCGGCGGUUUGAACAAGUCUCUGUCGCUGAGCAACCAGGGUCUGGCUACUUUGAACGUUCUUUCUUGGGACUUUGACGAGUUUUACGUAACUGGUGGUGUCGGUGGUGGUGCCGACGACGACGACGAUGACGAUGGGCCCACCGGCGACGUGGAUGGCACCAUGGACAAGAAGACUACGACAGGCAACUUUACUCUGUUCGGCAUGCCGAGCACCAUCAGCGGUCAGGGUAGCGUAUCUCUUGCGCUUAACUUCAACCCGACCGUCAACGGUAACUACAAGGCAAACUUGACGAUUUACACCAACGGUGGCAACGCAAGUGUCCUGCUCACUGGUAGCGCUGAUGGUCCAGCAGUGAUGCACAUCAACUUGGACCAAUUCGACGGCACCAUCGCCAACGACUCGACCUACAUGGACUUUGGCAAUGCGCUGAGCAACACGGUCCGCACGCAGCUUCUGCACGUACAGAACACGGGUGAAUCCACGCUGACCAUCACAAAGAGCAAGCCUCCAGCCGGACCGAUGAUCUUCGCUCUCAACCCGGCUACGGAACUGACCGAAGGCUACUCGAUCGCAGGCGACUCUGAGGCCACGGCAGCACUUCAACUAGCGGUCGGAAACAGCCAAGUAAACCAGGACACCUACAACACUACCAGUCAGUGGGUGCUGAACGGCAACGACCCGACGUUUGGUGUGCACUUUGUGCAGAUGUCCGCCCGUAUCGUCACGCGUCAAGUUGGACCUCUGCAAAACGUUACGCAGCCAGGCAACGUCAAUGGCACAGGGCGAUAUCGCUACUUGGGCUGCUACUCGGACACUGUCGGCUCGAGAACAUUCAGCACUACUGUCAACGUCAACCAGGCAACCAUGGAUAACGGGGCUUGCAUGAACGGCGGCCUCGCCUUGAACGGCGUCGGAAACUUCGUCGGCAGCGAGUAUGGUGGAGAAUGCUUUGCCAGCUCACAAGUCCCGCCUUCCUCUAAAAAGGUUGACGACGCACGCUGCGACCGUGCUUGCAACGGUGAUUCGACGCAGAUCUGCGGUGGAGCCAGCUACAUGUCCGUCUUCUACGACGCAUACGCCUACAAUGCUACCUCUGGUACUCUUCUGCCUGGCGCAUUCACUGGUCCUGCUCUCGUGCCCAACGUCACCACGUCUGGUGGCCUAACCUACGUAUCCUCCGGUUGCAUCGCUGACAGUGCUACCAACCGCGCGCUCAAGGCCAAGAGCUACACGGACGCCAGCAACAUGACCGUGGAAUCCUGCGCCAACUUCUGUGGAAAGGCGUCUUACACCUACUUUAGCGUAGAGUACGGACAAGAGUGCUACUGUGACAAUGUUCUCGGAACAGAUGCUGCCACGAACCAGGCACAGACGGGCUGCAACUACCUUUGCGCUGGAAGCAGGGCGGAGUACUGUGGCGGUUCGUCAAGGGCAAAUCUCUACGCACUCAAUUCGACUGCUCCUGCCACGACGACAACCACCACCACUACCUCCGCCUCGAACACGUCUACGGCAUCGAGCUCGACCAACACCACCACGUCGUCAACUGUGGCUACAACAACCACUUCGUCGACCACUUCCACCAGCACCACAUCCUCGGCGACUUCGAGCUCCGCAAGUGCAACAUCAUCGUCGACAGCAUCAGGGCUGGCCUACCGAGGAUGCUUCAGCGACCCCAGCUAUGCUCGCGCGCUGCCAACUCGAAUCAGCUCGACGUCAAGCCAGACAAUCGAGCAAUGCGCGGCUCAAUGCACUGCAGCGGGUUAUACGAUUGCCGGUGUUGAGUAUGGCGUUGAAUGCUGGUGCGGCAACUUGAUGGCAGCUUCGGCAGUCAAGCAGAACAGCGACGCGCCUUGCAACAUGGCCUGCAGUGGCAAUGCCAACGAAAUGUGCGGUGCAAGCAACUUGCUCAACGUCUACUCGAACCAAGUACAGCUUCAGCCUGCUCAGCCAGCUACCGUCGGCACGUUCUCGUCGCUUGGUUGCUACAAUGACACGGUCGGAGCUCGUGCUCUGCAGGGUGCUCAGCCGGCGCUCGGUCAGAACAACACGGUUGAGAACUGCGCUCAGCAGUGUGCCGGCUUCAGCUACUUUGGUGUCGAGUAUGCCAACGAGUGCUACUGUGGCAACACCCUGCUCAACUCCGCGGUGAAGCAAGCGUCGACCGACUGCAACAUGCUGUGUACCGGCAACAACCUCGAGCUUUGUGGUGGCUCCAACCGUAUGGGACUCUAUCAGAACACAGGUGCAUCAAGUACUUCGUCGAGCGCAACCAGCAGCAGCACGGCCUCAACGACCAGCUCCACAGCGUCGACAGGCAGCACAGCCUCUACGUCUUCGGCAUCGACUCCCACACCUGCUCCGGCGACAACCACCACGACUUUGAGCAGCUCUUCUUCCAGCAGCUCUUCGUCAAGUAGCUCUUCGUCCAGUAGCUCUUCGUCAAGUAGCUCUUCGUCAAGCAGCUCUUCGUCAAGUAGCUCCAGCAGCUCGUCGUUAACAACAUCCUCCUCCUCCACCUCUUCCACCACCUCUUCCACCACCUCUUCCUCAACGACGUCGUCGGCCGCACCCGCCCCAACAGCGACUGGUUUCACCGCACUCGGCUGCUACCUUGACUCGACCAGCGCCCGAAGUCUGGGCUACAUGGCAUACCAGAACAACAAGACAAACACUGUGGAUGGCUGUGCUUCCACAUGUCGGGCGAAGGGCUACCGCUUCAGUGGUACCGAGUACUCUGGCGAAUGCUACUGCGACAACUUCCUGCUCAACAAUGCCUACAGCAGCGGCCCCGGAGCUAUGGGCUGCACCUACCUCUGCAACGGCAACUCGUCACAGGUCUGUGGUGGCAGUGGGCGCAUCAACAUCGUACAAGACACGACCUGGCAGCAGAAGGUGUUCACCGUCAACCGAUCCAGCAAGUGGACGUUCAACGACUGCUACGCGGACAGCACCAACGCGCGUGUCCUCAACGUGACCGUGUAUCAAAACAACGCAAAGUCGACGGUGGAGACGUGCCUAGCCGCUUGUGCCGCCAAGAACCUCACCGUUUGUGGUGUGCAGUACGGAAACGAAUGCUACGGCUCGGUGACCCUGCCCAGCACCUCCGCCAAGGCGCCCGCCCAGGGCGCGAACGACCCGCUGGAGCGCGGCUGCACGUACAGCUGCGCUGGCAACUCGACCCAGGCCUGUGGUGGUUCUUCGCGCAUGAACGUGUUCACCUUCGACCCCAACGCAGUGUCGGUUUCCCCUUCCACCGUCCUGACUGCCUCAGCCUCUUGA